AAUAUAUCAUAUUUAUCAGAACACAAAAUAUGUUUACUUCAGCAUCAUAAUAUUCGUGUCUUCGAAUUUUGGAUAUGGCCAGUGGAAUAGACAGACACAUCUCGUCGGAGGAUUUGGACAUAGAUUUAUACAAGACUGUAGUGAAAAUCGGCUCUUGUUGUGUAAAGUCGGAAAAGGUUUCCCCACAAGAAAAAAGCAAGUUGGAGGAAGUAUAUCGAAAGGCACUGCACCAUAUUGAGACCCUCCGUAGAUGUUUGGAAGCUAAAAUUGGCAAAUUGCAUUUAAGAGAGACUGCAGGCCGCAAAGAUCAUAAAGACAGCGGCAUGGCAUCUGAGACAUCCUUAGUGAUCAGUCAACCUACUGACGAUACUGCAGAAACUGGCUCCGGUCUCUGUGACAGUCAUGUGCUGGCAACCAGCAUGUCACGUGCAAGUCUUCCACUGGAUUGACGGAUUACUUUCAAAAUGGCCGACACAAAAACACAUUUUAUCUCCGAAAAAAAAUAACGUUUAUAAGCGUAGUUUAAAGCCUUUUAUAUUAGCUCCCAACCAACUCCAAUGCCGCAUAAAUGCGGGAUGGUGCACUGAAUCUAAAAAAAUUUAAUUAUUCUGCUUAAUUGCUUAAAAACAAUUUACACAUAAUAAUAAUUGCUUUCAACGUAUUGUUAGGCACAUUAACAUCAAUUUUGUUUUCAGGUAAACAGAGAACUGACGAAACAACAAUAUCCUGGGACACAUGCAAUAGUUAACAAUAUUACUUAUACAAGAAUAUUUAUUGUACAUUACACAUAGUAAUAUUUGCUUUCAACUUAUUGUUAGGCACAUUACCAUCAAUUUUGUUUUCAGGUAAACAAAUAACUGACUGAACAACAAUAUCCGGGGACACAUGCAAGCAAUAGUAAACAUUAUUACUUAUACACGAAUAUUUAUUGUACAUUCAGUUCUUUAUUGUUUUAAAAUCAAGUUCCAUUCUAGUUGACCUAUAUCCAUAACAGUAAACUAUUGUGCUGUUGUUCCAAAUAUAUGCAAAAAGCUACAGAAACAUGCUCAUUAGCAAAAAGUUUAAACAUAAACCCGGUUUAGUGGCAAUGGGCAAACGCCAAAGACAUAUAACACAAAAUCACAAACAAGAAACAUAGAACAGCACAAAACUCUACAAACAGCACAGUGCAUAAAUACUAUAUGUAUAUAUAAAUAAUUGGUAUGUUUAUCAAGAAUUGUUAGGUACCGCCUUUGAACGGUCAGUAAAAUGUAAAUUUACCAUGUUUGUGAUUUUUUUGUUUUUGUGUGCUAUGUCUUUGGGGUUUAUGUUUAAACUUUUAAAUAAUGAGCUUUAAUAAAAGUAUAUGUUCUUUCUCCUGUUAUACUUUUAGAAUAUAUCUAUUAGGUUUUGUUAAAAAUAAACAUGAUUCUUAUAGAAUUUGAGAGAAAAUUCUGAAGGAUGUUUGUAGUGUAUUCAGGAGUUCGGCAUAUAAUGGCAAACUUCUCUGAUCUUGGGGAAAAUGGCAUUACAACUUCCACCAACAUUUCAAAAUUUUGGAAUUAAUGAGGAUCACAUUUCAACAUUUUGUGGGAAUUAUUAUGAUAUUUUUGUUGGACUUAAAUAUUUCAUGUGGAUUAAAUUCUGUGGACAUAUAAAUACCAGGAUCAGUGUAGCUAUUUCUAGUCAUUUAAGUUUUAGCAUUAUUAUUUUGAAAUUAUUUUUGUAAAACUCGUUGUAAAUGUAUUGUUCUGUUGUAUUUUAAAUAUGUUGCUCGUUUAUAUUUCUCUGUUGCGUUUGGUCGUCAUGACAACAUAAUUCAAUGUUGUUUAUGGUGGAAAUACUCAUAAAUGUUCCUCAUGAUCUGUGCGGUUCAGUUCAUGUUCUAACAGUGUCGUGUAAAAAGUUCAAAAACCAACACUCUUUGCAGUAAUUUGACAAAUGUUUUCCUAACUGUUUUAGUACAUACGGCCACUGCAGCAUUUGUAUGGUUGUCAAUUUUUAAGGCAUAUUGAAGAAUGUUAAACGGAAAUGUUUAUGUAGCUAAUCACACUUCUUCAAAUUUAUCAGCUGAUAACUUUUAUUGUUAUAGUUUAGUCCAUUACUGCACCAAAACCUUAUUAUCCUUCAGCCUGAUGCAGAUUUUUUAUAUUUCAACGAACGAUAUUUGGAUAUCAAGAGAGUACAACUAAAUUUCUUUAAAAAGUUGUAUGUGUUAGGCAGCAAUUAUGCAAUGGUACUGUUUAUGGGCUAGACUCCCAUACAGUUUCUUUAGGAAAAUACGAUUUUUCAAAUACUGGUUUAAGGUCAAAUAUUAUCCAGAGUCUCUUAUGUAUAACCUAUUUGGUAUGAAAUUUGUAAAAUGCUAGCAUAUACACACUUAUAUCGGAGUUAAUUUGAAAUAGUUGUUAAAUGAACAUGGAUUUGUUUAUUCAUUUACCUGUGAUAAUGUUACGAAUAUACAGAUAGAAGCUGUUGUUAGAAGGUUAAAUAAUACUUACUAACAUCAAUGGUAUACAAAUGUUAGAAAUGCAGACAGGCUACAGUGUUAUGUCAAUUUGAAACAAGAUAUUGCAAUUGAAAAAUAUUUAUAUUUUAUUAAUAGCAAUAAGUUAAGCCGAUAUUGUAGAGGGGAGAUAUAGGGAUAUAAAGCGAGAAAAUAAAUAAAAAUGAAUAUCACUUUUUGAUAGUGUGUCCUCAUUAUUGAGAGUUAUGUACAAAAUAUAUACCUGG